CUGACAGUGGUAGAGGAGAAUCCUGAUUGUGGAUUCCGAUCGCUAGACUCUGAUAUUCUUUUGAUUCUUAUUCUGAUCGCUAGUUUAUCCUGUGGCCUGCAUAGAGAUGAGUCACUCAUUCUGUAGAUUCUGACAACUGGCUCCCUAUUACAAAAUCCAAGCUCCACUCUAUUUAUAAGGACAUCCAGAUUAGCCAAGUAUAGUGCCCAAAGCAAACAGCUUCCCCUACACUAGAACCUCAGUAGCAAUUUAGCCUCAAAGCCCAGAAGGCUCCUUGUAUCAAAUCUCCUGUCUUCAACUUUUUAGUUUGAAAUUUUGAAUGACCUUAUUGAAUUGGUUCUUAGUUCUCGUUUAAGGUACUUAGAGAGAUUUUGGCAUGACUUAUUAGUCCUUUGUCUUGCAGCUUUUCUUUUGUUUUAGUCCUUAGGUUUUAUAUUUGUUUUAGUCCUUAAUUUGAAUGAUUUCUAAACUACCUGGCAUAGAGACUACCUUUAACUUUUAUCUUAAUUGCUUCACAAUCUUCUCUGUGAGCUAUAAGUAAGUCCUCUAUAAUUUCUUUUACAAAAGCUGCUUUACUCCAAGGUCUGCAGAACAUAUCAAAGUGAAGUACAUUGUAUUUUUAAGUUCUUCCCUAAAUUUGUUUGCUUAGAACCCCAAGUUAACAAAAUGGCUGAUAAAGGUUCUUCAUCUGGAAGAAAUUCCACAUCAAUGUGGACUGCCAAGCAAAAUAAAUUGUUUGAAAGGGCCCUAGCUAUUCACGACAAAGAGACUCCUGACCGUUGGCAAAAUGUGGCUGCCAUGGUUGAUGGGAAAUCUGCUGCUGAAGUGAAAAGGCACUAUGAUGUUCUGUUAGAUGAUUUGAACUGUAUUGAGGCAGGCGAAGUGCCUAUUCCCAACUAUAAAUCCUCGAGUCCUAACAAUGGGGUGGGCUCCGGAGGCAAAAAUUCUGGCAACUGGGGCGACAAGGAAAAUGGGCAAUUUAUGCGCAUGAGGCUCCAAUGAGACAGGUUACCAUAAGUGAUAUUUGACUAUUAUAGCUCCCUAUAAUACUUUAUGCAAUGCAAAUUCGACAGCUUUCGAGAAAAAGGGGGGAAAUAAAUGAUCUUCAGAAGCAGAAAAAAGAAAAGAUAUGGAACCUAUGAUACCAGGAAGCAUAGAUGUUAUGGAAAGAAUUAUAUUCUCCCCUUCGAGGAAUCUCUGAAAAUGUCUGUAAAAUGCUUUCUAUAUUGCAUAUACUGCAACUCUUAUGUAUUUCUGAUUGUUUCAUUUUAUGUAAGGCUUAUAUUGUAAGAUAUAAAAAUAUGUUUUAUUAUAAGUGGA